AUGGUGUUUCUUCCAUCAAAUUUUCUUGGUCGAUCGUUAUUAGGAUCGAUAAUAUUUUUAUAUCUUUUCUUAUUAAUUUUAAACUUAGUAUCAUUUGGAGGACUUGCAUGGAUCACUUAUACUGAUUACAAUGUUCAAUUUGGCUUGUGGCGUGUUUGUUAUGGAGUACAAUCAGCAUCACGCUCAUGUAGUACAUGGUCGAGUAGUCGAAAUACCGUUGAUAGUACCACGAAUGCAAUUAUUUUCGCUGGACAACCAGGUUUUAUCGGAGCUGCUCAAGGUCUUGAAAUAACCUCAAUAAUCUUGUAUCUCAUUGCUGGAAUACUAAUCAUUCUGGGUAUUAUCGAUCUCCAAAAAAUACCAAUAGAAUAUAUGUUUAUCGGUGCAGCAGCUCUUCUCUUUCUCACUAUUAUCUUUUUGUCGGCUGCGUUGGGUGUGAUGAGUGUUCAAGGUCGUAAUCAUCACUCUGGUGCAUAUCUGGAUUGGGCUUGGUGGAUUGGUCUUCUUGGAUUAAUUAUAACUAUAAUUUGUGUUAUUCUAUUGAUUAUUUUUAUCCUUGAUGUAUAUCAAAAACAUCCUCCCAAAUUACAAGAUAAUAACAAUUCUAAUUUCAACAAUGGUUAUCCAGUACAACAGCAAUGGAAUAAUUUUUCACCAAUGACAAUGGGACAAUUUGUAACACCACCACCACCAGCAUAUUUUUCAUAUCCAUCAUACAACCAAUGGCCUGCAGGACAACAAGUUCCUCAAUUCUAUCCAAAUAAUCAGGUUCAAAAUCCAUUCGUAGGUUAUGGUGGUAUGACUGAUCCACGAUUAUCACCAUUUUUAGCAGCAAUGGCUCGUCAACAACUUAAUAAUAUGCCUCCUGGCCAAUUCUAUUAA